CGGGAGCGGCGCUGUGGCGAGGGCAGCAGCGCCAGCUGCGGCUGCUCCCGUAACCAAGGCGCUGCCUUGCAAAGACGCACAGACAGAGACACUGAGAGACACACGCAGCGCGGAGCGGCGCGGGCUUGGGGGCCGCCUUUGCAGCGCCUCUCCUUCCUGCACCAUGCUCUGCUCUAGGCAGCGCCCGCCCGCUGCUCCUUGAGAGCAGCUAGCCCCGCGCCUAGCUAAGCGGGCGACUGGCACCCGGCUCCCCCCGCCCCCGGUUACCUGAGUUAGCUCCGUCCCGGGGACUUUCGCAGCGCCUCCGCCCGCUCCCGCUGUGGCAGCCCUUGGGCGGCGGGGGAGCGAGCCGCCAGCAGCCGGAGGGACUGCAGCCGCCGCCGGGGAAGAGGAGCUCGAGCCCCCGCCUCCGGAGCUCUUCAUGGCGUCUCACCAGCAGACCAGGAUCCAAGCCUACCUGGAGAAGAAUAAGAUCGGUCCCCUCUUCGAGGAGUUGAUGACCAAACUGAUAACAGAGACACCUGACCAGCCAAUCCCAUUUCUAAUUGAUCAUCUUCAGUCCAAACAGGGGAACCGCCAUCAGCUUCAGAGAACGUUGUCUGGCUCUGCUGCCCUUUGGGCAGAGAGUGAAACAUCAGAAAAUAAAGGAACAAGAAGAGAUUUUAGAAGUUAUGAUAAGCCUUGGCAGGUAAAUGCAAAAAAGCCCAAAAAGUCGAAGAGUGACCUUGCUGUGUCCAACAUUUCUCCACCAUCACCGGAGUCCAAGUCAUUGCCAAGGUCAAUAGAGCAUCCUAAAUGGGAUUGGAAGACAAAACCGGAGAACCAUGAUUUUGAUGAACUAAAUCAUAUUCUUCAAGAGAGCAAAAAACUUGGAAAAGCCCUUGAGAAUCUGUCUCGCAGCAUUGCUGUUUCUGAUGAACUUGAUAAGGACACAACAGGUUUUAACACCCCCCUUCUCAGACCUCGUGUGAUUGGAGAAUGGGUUGGCCGUGAAGAGAAUGAUGCAGACCCUCUGGCUGCUGAGAUGCUACAGCCACCAAUACCAAGAAAUAAAAAUGAGCAGUGGGACAGUGAGGAUAGCAGCAGUCCUGGAGGAAGCUUAAAAAUGGAGCCAAAGACCAAAGGACUAAAACAUCAACAGCAGCAACAUAAGAAACUGCUGGCUGCCAUGCUUUCUCAGGACUCCUUUGAUUCUGCUCAAAGCACAGCUCCAUCUGUAACUGAAGAAGAUAUUGACAAUGAAGAUGAUGCAAUGGAACUACUGGAGGAUCUUGAUGAUCUCAGAAUGGAAGGAGUAACAAGUGUGAUGUCUUCUGGGAACAAAUUCAAUCCGACUCGAAGUGCUCAUACGGCUGAGCCUCAAGCAAAGGUUACACUGAAUAUCUGCGCAAGAUGUGCCAGAUUGCAAGGGGAUAAUUUGGCAGAAGGGCCAGAAGAUGUCUCCAUGGUAUCUCAGGCAUCUGAGCCAGCAGUGUCAGACUCUGAUGCUCAAGUGCCUGGAGUUGAAACACUUACAGAAGCUAUUGAUGAAUUUCAGAGUGCCUCUCGAGUGACAGGAUCUUCUCAAACAGUUUGGACCUUGGACACUGUGGGUGUCAGACCUGGAGGUUCCCCAAGACAGAAACUCCUAAAGGACUCCUUAGCAGCAAAAGAACUUCAGACCAUGGAAAAACACCUAGCUGACAUUGAGAAGGACCUAGCAUUAUGGGAAGAAGCAAGGCUCUCAAGAAGCCCUGGUGUCCAGCAUCACAGUGUAGUUACAUCUGACAAUCAAGGCAGUCUUCAGGCUUCACAGGGCCAAACCCCAAGGCCUCAGGUGCCAACUCCGACAGGGAAGAACAUUCAGCUUCAAGGAAACAAAUCACCACCACUGCCCACCAACAGCAGAACACAGGUCUCCGGUGUUGCAAACAGUAGACCUUCCACACCUGGUGCAAAAACCAACAGGCCAUCAACUCCAGGGAGCAGACCUGUGACUCCAAAUAGCUUGUUGUCUCGGCCUCUUGCCCCUAGCCACCAAGGAAAUAGGGAAAGCAUCAUUAGUAUACAAAGAAGCAGAUCUUUGACAUCUAAGAGCCAAAUGGGGAGGACCCUCAGUGCUGCUUCAGGGCUCUCUGUGCAAGUGAGUGGAGACGUUGUUGGAACUGUCACUACUCAGAGAAACAGUUUAUCAGAAGAUGCAUUCUUACUACAGCUUCAACUUGCUAAUCAACCUUGGAUAUUGCUGAGUGACACAGAAAGUGAAGGAGUGGAAGCUGACCAAGACAAAUCAUUUACCUGAUUGUGCAAGUGAAGGUCAGCAGGAUCACAACCUAAAUGACAGAACAAGUAACAACAAGUAACAGGCUAUAAAGUGCAAUAUGUUCAAACUGUGGCAAGUUCUCUCUGCCUACAAGGUACCUGUAAAUAAUCUUACUGAAAACAUUAACUGUUUCACAUAUUCUUUUUUAAUUCACAGUAGUUUUGUGAUCUGCUAAGGUGAAUAUGCAAACUAUUUCCUAACAUAUUUUAGGUGAUAUACUUGAAAAGAACAUAUGAUUUAAUCAGCAUGUUUGGAAAACUCAAUACAUUCAACUAAAACUGGCUCAAACAUGAUAGUUAACAUAUGAAAAAGACAAAUUCUUCACAGAAUAGAAUAGUUCUGUAAGGGAUUAAUGAUUAAUAAUAAUCAUGCCAGAUAAGCAGAAUGUAUUUUUAAAUUAUGCCACUUAAAAAAUAUAUACUGUAUAUAAUAUAUACUCACAUAUCAGUUUCACAAAUUCAUACAUAGUCCAGAGUUUGACUGGGAAAUUUAGAUUUACACAAUGGGAUACUUAAGAGCAUGUCCCAGGUUUCUUGAAUACACAAUGUUAAAAUGAGGUUCUGUGUGUCCAGCUGAUUUUAGUCCAAAGGCAGUAAGUCCAGUUCGACUUGCAGCUGAGCCUUUCAGUUAUCUUUGUGCUGAAGCUCACCUUAGGUGGCCCAAGGUAGACCCCAGUACCUGCCUUUUCUGUUCAUGCGAUUUUUCCUUGGUAUUUUCUGUAAUGAAUUUACAAUCCCACAAACACUGGUGGGACUUGCUGUGCACACAAACUGGUGCCAAUUAUGUGAUCAGGGAGACUGAUGCUUCAGGACAUAUCAGAUACACAACAUGGUUCUUUUAUAGCUCCUAUACUUGAAUUGCGUGAAUGUGAGGACUUCUGAGCACCCAAGAUCCUGCACUAUUAUAUUCCAAGAAUCUUGGUAGGUCAUUGUCACUGCCCAGUGUAACAAAGUGGUAAAUUAUAGAUAAAAGUUUCAGUCCCACAACCAAAUAAUUAGAGAUGAUAGUUGCCUAACUAAUAACAAUUGUUUUUGCUGGAUCUGAUGGCACUGAGAAGAGAGAAGGGAAAGAAGGUAAGCUAUAGUUUCUAACCAAAAGUUAAAGAAUGCAGUUAAGGACAUCAUCCAAAUGCCUCUUGAAUGAACAGUGACGGACUCGGGGUAUUGACCACCUCCCUAGGAAGCCUGUUCUAGUGUUUCACCAGUCUCCCAGUAAAUAAAUGCUUACUAAUGUUCAAUCUGAACCUCCCCUGGCAGAGCUUUGAGCCAUUGCCAUGUGUUCUGUUACUGGAUAGCAGGAAGAGAUUAGCACCUCCCUCUCCACUUCCUCUUUUUAGGAAGCUGUGAAGAGCAAUGAGGUCACCCCUGAGCCUCCUUUUCUCCAAACUAAACAAACCCUAAGUCCUUAGCCACACCUCAUAGGUCAUUCCUUCCAGCCCUUUUGCCAGCUUUGUUGCCCUCCUCUGAAAACAUUCAAGGACCUUCACGUCUUUCUUAAAUUGCGGGGCCCAGAACUGCACACAGUGUUUCAGGUGAGGCUGCACCAAUACUGAACACAGCGGGAUAAUCACCUCUUUUGAGUGGCUGGUGACGCUGUGUUUGAUGGACUCCAGGACAGGGUUUGCCCUCUUGGCUUCAGGACACACUGCCAACUCCUACCAAGCCUGCUGCUGACCAGCAUCCCCAGAUCCCUUUCUGCAGGGAUGCUCUCUAGCAACUCCUCUCCCAGUUUAUACUUGUGCCUGCGAUUAAUCUGCCCUAGGUGCAGAAUCUGGUAUUUCAACUUGUUAAACUUCAUGCCAUUAAUCACUGCCCAAUGCUCCAAUCUAUCUAGAUCCCUCUGCAAGGCCUCUUGUCUUUCAAGAGAGUCAGCAGCACCUCCCAGUUUGGUAUCAUCAGCAAACUUGAUAAUGGUGCAUUCAACUCCUGCCUGCAGGUUGUUGAUAAAUAUAUUGAACAGAACUGGCCCUAAAAUUGAGCCCUGAGGAACGCCACUGGUGUCUGGUCACCAGCCAGAUGUAGCCCCAUUCACUACAACCCUUUGAACUCUGCCCUUCAGCCAGUUCUUACCCAACAUACCGUGAACCCCCUCAUCCCACAUCUGGACAAGUUGUCUGGAAGGAUGCUGUGAGGGACAGUAUCAGAAGCCUUACUAAAAUCCAGAAAAACUGCAUCCACCAAGUUUCAUUCAUCCACUGGGUGGGUGAUCUUUUCAUAGAAGGAUAUCAAAUUAGUUGAACAGGACUUUCCCUUUGUGAACCCUUGUUGACUGCAGUUAACUGCAGUGUAAUUAACUCAUGCACCCUCUAUAGGAGGUCACUGUUUCUACUAAUAUAACUAAAGGAAUAAAACAAAAAUCCUUUAUCAAAGUAAUACUUUCUGUAUCUGAAAUCUAAUAAUGAUAACUGUUAUUAAAAAUAACUAAUUGUGUUAUCAUCCCCAUUUGAGAUUAUGUGUUAGUGCCAUGGGCAAGAAAGUGCAGAACUGCCACCACUGACAAAGGAGAGGCUGCAAAUUCCUGGUUGUAAAGUGCAUUAAGUAAGGGGCUUGGUGUACUUAGUGAUGCCAGUGCUUGUAGGUAGAGCAGCUGGCAAGAUUACACAUAAUUUUUCACCCUAAAGUAAUAAAUCUAUGUGAAUGUUGUGUGUAUGAUUUAGUGUUGAAAGGGCCCAGGAGUUAAUAAUUUGUGAUUUUGAGCAGAAGAGCUGCAAAAUUAAUCUUUACAAUAGCAACACCUGUUCUUUGACUCAGCUUUUAAUAAAUUAGAUGCGGAUAAUAUUUAUCACAUUCUUUGAUUACUUUGAGAUAAUAGCAGCCAGGUGUAAAACUAGUUUUUGGCAGUGGGAAAUCUAACAAUUCAAAAAGAAAAGCUGUUUGAGUCACCUUGAGUUCUUAUAAAUUAAUACCUUCUGGUUAGUGUUCUACAAGAAAAAGAAUGAAAAAUGAGGGGGGAACAGUUUCAAAUGUAUUCAGAUAUAAGAGUAUAGAGAGGCUAUUUUCAAAGCAAGUGAUAACUGAGCAGAACUGGGUCGCUUUGGCAUCUCAACAUCUCCCGACAAACAUCAUUUGUGAAACAGAUACAACAGUGCAUAUCUUGUCUUAUGGAAAUGAGAUCUAGGUUCUCAGUUCUUGUAAAUCAGACUUUACAUUUUAAAUCCUCCAGGCUCUUUGACAGCAUUUUAAAUGUUUGUCGUUAUCAGCAAGAUCCAGUGAUAACUGAAAGUCAAUAAUUUUUAAACCUGCAUACCAGUUAUAACAAAAUUUGAAAUCAAAUAGGUACACAUAUAAAAGAGAAAAAAUUAUUCCAUCUUAAAAGAUUUGUUAUGCUAAAGAAGGAAAGGAAAACAUUUUCAAGAAGCAUUAUUGAUUUUUUUAGCAUACUCUCCCCUUUUCCUCUUUAUGCACUUAAGUUUGUGGUCAUAGGUCAGAGAAAGCGAUAAAUGUAUAAUUAUUUUCUCUGUUAAUGUAAAUUUUGUUAUUGAAAAAUAGGAACUAACACAUGCUUUUAAGAGCUAUUAAAAAUUUAGUGACUAAAUCUCUUCUGCUUGCUAGAUGUGUUCUCCUUUGAAACUCUCUACACACUGAGCGAAGAGAGGUGAAAAUCACCAAGACAAUAUUAUCCAAAAUCAAGGACUUGUGGUUGUUUCUUAGAGUCGCUAAAAAUUUCUGUAGACAGAGCCUCACGUGUGUUCUUCCUCAGCUGUCAUUCUGAAGACAGUUUCCCAUUACUAUCUGCAGUAAUUUGUUUGUGUGCUGAUUCUCUGCAAAGAGGUUUCAGAGAAUACAUACAGAUUAUUCCUGUAAAUAGGAGGGAUCAGGAGGAAAUAUUUACCACUUGCACAGUCCUUCAGUUUGAUAAAAGUUCUUGGAGUUGGCAAAAGUAAUUUUCUUCUUUGUGGGAUACUGAUGCACAGAAACAGAAGAGCUGCAUCUAACAACCACCAGAGCAUGUCUUAGCCAACUUUUAUGAGAAGAAAUUUGGCCUUUCUGGAGGCUGUCAAGAGUCAACUUGUAUUUCCCUUUAAAACAAGUCCUACAAAUAUUGCUGGUUGGAAAUUCUUGAAGCAUCACUAGCUUCCAAGACCCUUGAAAAGACAAAGACAGUUUUGGUGUAAUUUAACCUACUAUCUGUAGUCUUGGCAAGGGUUUGCUGCCCAAAAGCAUAAGUCUGCUUUCUUGGGUGUCUAUCUCAAGAAGUUACCACACAGCAGAUUUCCCCAGGUCACACAGCCUUGGAUGUAAAGGAUCCCUCCCUCCAGUCAGUCCAUUGAGCAGAUGUACAUGAUAGGUGAAUAACUCAGAUUCUUGAAAAACUUGCUACUCAGUUAAUCCAUAUUAAAUAUAUGUAUAAUCAUAGAAUGUUAAGGGUUGAAAGGGACCUUAAAAAUCACAUGUGUAUAUAACAUUCCUUUGUGCUAAUCCACUUAAGGCAUGUCAUUUUCUAUGGUCAAUGACACACAAAGUCGUGUGGCUACUACCACUUCACUCGAAUUUCAACUUGCCAACAGGAGCACUAGAUGCUCAUUUCCAGCUCGGCUGAUCUGGGACAAGGCUUGAACCCUCACCUGCAUAAAUUUAAAUGUUUUGUGGCUAUACAUCUGCAAAUUCUUUUCUAAGGUUCACAGUGAAAAGUCUACUGCUAAUAAAUCAAAGGAUUGUUGGGAAAAAGUGUCGUUUCCACUUCAUUCAUUCUGCACUGGUCUUGAAACUCUGCAGUCAAAGAGUCUGCUGAUGACUUCAACAGGUAUUGAAUAAAACAUUCACUUUCCCAUUCUGCACAAAUGUCCAUCUAGCAGAAAGAUCCAAAGAAGGAAAGACAGGUUUUUUUUGCAGAAUGAAGAAAUUCAGACUGUGUUCCAGUAAAUUUCCAAACCAUGCAGUAUUUGUCCAUGAGUAAAUUCCUUACACUGAGCAAAUUCACAUGCCUUAACAGUCAGUUUUUCUUAAUUAUGAAAGUAAGUGUUCCUAAGAUUUGGAAAAAUGCUUAAUCGGAGUUAAUAAUAGCAAGGAGUUUACUGCUGUAGUAUGUUUUUGCUGUGAAAGUUUGCUUUUGCUAGAGUCAGGUGAUAUGCAGUAUGAGUAACAAUGACAGAAUCAGGCUUAGAGUAGCAACUUAAUUGCCAACUUUAUGACAUUCCAUUCCAUUCCAUUUCUGUCAGUCAAAUUCAGCUAUUUAUAUUUGUGUUCUGCUCUGAUGGAGUAUAGCUGUACUAGAAACAUCUCUUGCAGUGGGUUUAAGUUUAGAAUAACGCUAGAUGUGGUUUCUCUAGGGAGCCAUGAGGCAUGGCUCAAACAUAUUGGUCAAUUAUGUGUCUGGUUACUAAGAACAUAAUUGUUGUGUUUGGAAUUUUUUCUCAGUGAAUAAUAAAUUCAUUUUUUUUGUCCAGAGGGGAAUCUUUCCCAAAAGUAAACUUCUGGGAGACUUUAAUUCCAGAUUCAAGAAUCUCCUGAAGAAAUGUAUUGGUAUCUUUCUUUCAUUUAGUAUUUCAAGAGUGGUAAUACAAACUGGAGUAAAAAAAGUCAUAUCUUGCCAUUCCACUUACCCUUUCCAAGGGUGUCAUAAAGCUUUUGUCUACUUGGAGUGUGAGUUAUUUUGCAAAUUUCUUCAGCAUGCACUUAUGUAUGUUAAAGAAGAUACCUUGCCUCUCAUUCUGCUUGCCAGUGGCUUGGCUAGGUAUUUAGCUUGAGACAGUUCUAUGUGUACUUCAGAAAUGGGAUACCAGAAAGGAUUGUGCUCCUGUAAACAGAAUUUAUCCUAUUGGAUUGUCUUGGCUGGAUGUCUUGUAACACCCAUGGCUGAAGCUGCAACAUUUCAUAUAACUGCUCUUUGAGUCUAAAAAUAAACAAAACCAAUCUUCUAUCAUGGAAACCUGGCCACUUGGAUUUAAUUAUUUGUAGAUAGUGAAACAAGAGUAGAGAUUGACAUUAUUUCUACCAGAAGUCAAAUGGCUGUUGGAAAGGCUAGGGAAAGUUGGAAUUAGACUUAAGUUUCCUAUUUUUUGAAUGGAUGUGCUUAAAUCCAAAGCUACCAUUAUCUUCUUAUACUGUUAAGGCUUUAGCACAUGUCACUUUAUUUAUACUAAGUAAUUUUUGGUUUUAUUUUGGAAAAGUUCACAUUGGACUAAAUAUUUGGGAGGAGGAGGGAAUUUUCCAUUGGAGUGAGGAAAAAAUAAUUCUCAAAAUCUGUUUCAGUGCAGAAAGCUUUUUCAGUACAACUUCCAAACCUACAGAUAUCUUUUUCUACAACUUGCAUUAUUAUACUAAACUUGGACUCCCAAAGACAUUUAAUGUAAUAAAAAAUGACACUGUAAUUUAAAAAAUGGCAUAGAGAAUUAUCAGGGCACACAUUAGGUAAAUUAAAAGCUGGCUCAAUGAGGAAUCAAAAACUAGAGUUUUAAUGGGAAGAUGUAGAUGAAUGGGGCUCAUUAGGGUCUGAUAGGUCUGGAUAAUUGUUGGGAAGGACAAGUUGAAGUUAUUAAAUGAUAUUAAUCCCCUGGUAUAAUGGCCAAAUUCCAGUAAAAUGCACUUUAUUAUAACCAGAUGAAGUAUAUUUGAAGGAAAUGAAAUAUAUCUGGCACCAGAGAAACAUAUCUGUCUCUGCUGCAGAAUAAUGGGCCUUUGUCCUGGAAAGCAGUGACCUAAUGGAUUUAGGAUGAUCAUAGAAGAUCAUCUCAGUGUGAGCUCUCAGCAUAAUGCUGUCACAAAGAAGGGCAUUCCAUUUCUUGAACACUUAAAAAGUUAAGGAGCAAAGUAAUUAUUCCACAUCAUAUCUGUAAAAAGCUGUGUGUUUGGUGUCUUGCCAUUAAGACAGAUUGGAAUUACUUGAGAGAUUUCAGAGGAUGAUUAAAAAUGACCCAGGCUUUGGGAAACCCUGUUAGAAGUUUGCCUCACAUAAAGGCAUUCAGCCAGGAACCUCAGAGAUGACUUGGUAUCUGUAGGUAGACUUUUAAAUAAAAAAGACUCAACUCAUCAAACUGUGAUGAAGGAAAUUAAAUUCUCUGUCCUAGCAAUCAGGAGCCUUAAGCAUUGUAAGCAAAAGUUAAGGGAGGCAAUGAAUUUGAAGCCAUUAAAAAAACUAGGUGAUUGGGCUUUCUAAAUGACAAAUUAUAGACAAUCCAGGGGAAGAUUCUGUGGGCUCUGUAGAGGUGUAUGGGAGGUCAAGCUAGAUGGACACAUUUCUGUGAUUUUUAUUCUAAGAUUUAUUUUAGUGAUUUUAAACAGCAAAACUCCCCCUACCCAGUUGUUUUUAUUAUCAUAACUUAGUCCCUGGGAUAUAAAAAUCAAUUAUUUGAGAAGGCAGGAUGCCUCUGGGUAAAGUAAUGGCAGUCCUUAGUGAUUCAAAAAUAUGCACCUGGGAAAUAUGAGAUAUGAAAAUUUGGAUUAAUACUGACCAUAACAAAGAUACUGGUGAAAUACGGUUAAACUUUACUGUGCUCUAGAUAGUAGUAGAAGUCAGUAGAUUUCAGAGCACAAAUGUGUUUGUGGUAAUUUUAUCUGUAUUAAAAGUCGAUAGAUGUGAUAGCAAUGAUAAAUAUUUUACUGGUGUUUUUAAUUAAAAAAACAUUUGCAACUGGAGUUCUAAGCUUUUUUGAAAUUCCACAGAGUUUUAUGUCUUCUAUAAACCACUCUGGAUAGAUAUAUGUAGAAGUUCAACAGACAAUCAUCCUUGCUUAUCACUAAAAAAACUGUACUAAGCUUUAUUAGAAAUUUUUUCAAAACUAAGAAUAUAAAUAUAUAUUUAUUUACAUAUGUCACAAUAAAAAUACUCCACUGGCGGUAUAGUGAAACAACAGGCUCUAAAUAUUGAUGCAAAAACUUCUAUUUGAAACACAAAUUUUAGUGUGUGUGUUGAAAGACAGGUUGUUUAAUAUUGUGCUGUUAAAAGAUCAGCCUAAAGGACAUAAUAAAAAAUAAUAAACUUUUAGGAAAGUAAAACUCUAAUAUUAAAGAAUUUCAUGGAAUAAAUAAACGAAAGCUUCUACUGACUAGUCACUGACAACCAGUUAACCAGCUCGCCAUUGUAGCAAUUUCUUGCCAUUAUAGCAAAGAAAUGUAACUUUUUGAGAAUGCAGCCUAAUUUAUUGCAUAUUGAUGAAGGAACUUUAAUUAAACACUUGAUUUGGUUUUGAUACUUUUCACUCAAUUUGUUUGAAUGCAAAUAACUCCAUGAAGUACAAGACCCAGGGUACAGCCAGCAGGGAGUACAUCCUUUUGCAUCAAAUAAGGCCUUGAAACUCUUUUGGCUCCAUAACUGACUGAUGCAGCAGAAGAGCCAGAUUGUGGCAGAAAACAGAAAAAAUAUGGAAUGCUUGACUAUAAUUCUAGGGUGUAAAAAUGACCAGGAAGUGAAACAUCUAUAAAAGAAAUCUGUUUUCUCUGUUUUGCCCAGUAUUCUCCAAGCUUCUUAUCAUCCUAUUGACGUAAAUGUGUUUUACAAGGCAAAGAUUUAUUCUAAGUCAAAAGUGUAGAAACUCCUCUUUAUCAUGAGAGGAAGGAUUUCAAAUUCAAGUAAGAAAAGCUCUUUAAUGGAAAAAGUUAAGAUUUUUUGACUGUUCUUGACCCUGUCAGAGGGAAAAAUCCAUGAAUUUGGAGAUCGGAGGAGAGGGAGAAGAGAGGAGGGUUGAUUCUUCAUAUGUGACUUCUGUUCAUUUUGUUUAAAUCUUCUUUGGCAAUGCAUAGUGCCAGUGUGAGUGUUACAGCAAGAUCUGGGCAAAGCUAGUUUUCUCUGUGUCUUAGUUUCCUGAUCUCUGAAGUGGAAUGAUAAAAUGUGAUAACUGACAGGAGACCUAUGAAAAAUCACCAGUUAAUGUUCCUAAAAUGUGUCGUGAGUCUCAUCCCCAGUUCUAAUAUCCGUCUGUAUUUCUUUCUGUUGUGAUUUCACUAAAUUUAAAAUGGUUGUAGUUUUUAAGUUGUCUUCCCCAAGUCAGUCAGUGGUGGCUUCUAACUUGUAUUAAGUGCUUUUAAAACUACUGUUAUUUCCUUUUAUAUUGGAGAAAUCAGCAUGUCAGGGUAUGA